AUGGAUUUUUCUCUACCGCAUUCUUUUUGCUUCUUUCUUCUUCUGCUGCUGCCAUUUUCCACCGAUGGUCAGACAUACAGAAACAUAACUUUGGGCUCAUCUCUCACGGCUGCAAAUGACAACUCUUCUUGGACUUCACCAUCUGGGGACUUUGCUUUUGGAUUCCAACAAAUUGGCGAUGAUGGCUUUUUACUAGCCAUAUGGUUCAACAAAAUACCUGAAAGAACCAUAGUCUGGUCAGCGAAUAGAAAUGAUCUAGUUCAGAGGGGAUCAAGGGUACAACUUACUACAGAUGGUCAGUUGGUCCUAGAUGACCAAUCAGGCACACAAAUAUGGAGCACCAUUAAUUCCGGUGGAAUUGCAGCUUCCUAUGCAGCCAUGCUUGACACAGGAAACUUUGUGCUAGCAAGCCAAUCAGCUGCCAAUUUGUGGCAGAGUUUUGAAGAACCAACAGAUACAAUGCUGCCCACACAGACUCUGAGUCAAGGUCGUGAACUAAUUGCUCCCUACCUAGAAAAGAAUUAUUCAGAUGGAAGAUACAUGUUUGCUCUACAACCUGAUGGGAACCUUUCCCUGUACACCACACGUUAUCCAUCUACUGUCAGUAAUUUUGCUUAUUGGAGUACCCAAAGUUCUAUAGCAAGAAAUGGUACUGUGAUUAAUACUGUAUUCUCUAUACAAGUUUCGAUGCAAGGUUUCUACCAGAGGGCAACCCUUGACUAUGAUGGAGUUUUUAGGCACUAUGUCUACCCAAAGACUGCUGCUUCAAGCAGCAGAAACGGGGAUAUGGCCUGGACUACUUCGUCUUUCGUACCAUCAAAUAUCUGCACGGCCAUUCAAGGACAAGUAGGCAGUGGAGCAUGUGGUUACAACAGCGUGUGCAGAUUAGGAGAAGAUCAAAGACCACGUUGCGAAUGUCCUCCAGGUUACACUUUCGUGGAUCCCAAUGAUUUGAGGAAGGGAUGUAAGACAAACUUUGUUUCACAGGAUUGUGACCAACCAUCGCAAGGAACAGAUGGCUUCGAGUUGGAGGUGAUGCCUAACGCAAAUUGGCCAUUCAAUGAUUAUGAAUUUUUUGGUUCAGUGAGUGAGGAUUGGUGCAGACAGGCUUGCUUGAGUGAUUGCUAUUGCGCUGUUGUUAUUUUCAAUCCUGCUGGACAGUGUUGGAAGAAGAGAAUCCCUCUCUCGAAUGGGAUGAUAGAUCCAGACACUUAUGGAACCAAAGCCCUGAUAAAAGUAAGGAAAGGCAACUCCACUGCAGGUUCAUGCGCAAAGAAGAAUGAUCGAUCAACUUUGAUCAUAACAGGCUCAGUACUUUUAGGCAACUCCGUCUUUCUAAAUGUGAUCUCAUUGCUAGGAAUCUAUGUGUUCUUUUCUCGAAUGAACCGACAAAAAGCAAAAAUGAUCCUGCCACAUAACGUCUUGCCCGAUGUGAAUCUGGUAAGUUUUACUUACAAUGAGCUCGAAACAGCUACUGGAGGAUUUAAGGAAGAAUUGGGAAGUGGUGCUUCCGGAAUUGUUUACAAAGGGCUUCUGGACAAUGAAGAUACACCCCUCGUUGCAGUAAAGAAGUUAUAUAAGAUGAUCAGAGAAGGGGAGCAAGAAUUCAGGACAGAAGUGAAAGUUAUUGGCAGAACAAAUCACAAGAAUUUGGUCCAACUUCUCGGAUUUUGUGAAGAAGGGCAACAGCGACUUUUGGUCUACGAAUACAUGAGCAAUGGCUCCUUAAAGAAAUUUGAGCUUGAUGCAAUGGAAGAAGAUCAGAUAGUUCUUGCAGACUGGGCAUAUGAUUGCUUCAAAGAAGAAAAGUUAGACCUUUUAGUACUAGAAGAUGAAGAAGCCAUGGAAGACAUGAGAAGAGUGGAGAGUUUUGUGAUGAUAGCAAUUUGGUGUAUUCAGGAGGAUCCAUCUUUAAGACCUGGAAUGAAGAAAGUUUUACAGAUGUUAGAAGAAGCUGUUCAAACUUACAAAAAUAUAUCUUUGGGUUCUUCUCUCACUGCUGCAAAUGAUAACUCUUCUUGGACUUCACCAUCAGGAGAUUUUGCUUUUGGAUUCCAACAAGUUGGAGAUGCUGGCUUCCUACUAGCCAUAUGGUUCAACAAAAUACCUGAAAGAACCAUAGUUUGGUCAGCUAAUAGAAAUGAUCUGCUUCAGAUGGGAUCAAGAGUACAACUUACCACAGAUGGUGGAAAUGGAGUUGGCUAUGCAGCCAUGCUUGAUACGGGAAACUUUGUGCCAGCAAGCCAAGCUGCUGUCAAUUUGGGGCAGAGUUUUGAUCGAUCAACAGAUACAAUGUUGCCCACACAGAAUCUGAGUAUAGGUGGGGAACUAAUUGCUCCCUACCUAGAAAAGAAUUAUUCAGAUGGAAGAUUCAAGUUUGUUCUACAACCUGAUGGGAAUCUCCUCCUGUACACCACAAAUUAUCCAUCAACUAUCAAUAAUUUUUCGUAUUGGUCAACCCAAAGUUCCAUAGGCAGUGGUUAUCAGGUGAUCUUUAAUCAGUCUGGCUAUAUGUACCUUAUAUCAAAUAAUGGUUCUAUAGUUAAUUCUGUAUUUUCUGAUUCAGUAUCAAUACAAGAUUUCUACCAGAGGGCAACCCUAGACUAUGAUGGAGUUUUCAGGCACUAUGUCUAUCCAAAGACUUCUGCUUCAAGUAGCAGAAACUGGACUAUGGCCUGGAAUACUUUGUCUUUCGUACCGAUAAAUAUCUGCCUGAGUAUAGAAGGAGAUGGAGAUGCUGGCAAUGGAGGUUGUGGUUACAAGAGCUCUUGCAAAUUAGGAGAGGAUCGAAGACCAAGUUGCCAGUGUCCUUCUGGUCACACUUUCUUCAAUCCAAAUGAUGAGAGGAAGAGAUGUAGUAAGCAAAACUUUUUUUGCACAGGAUUAAACGGAAGCUGUUGGAAGAAGAUUAUCCCUCUCUCGAACAGGGGAAUAGAUAGAAGCAGUGGUGGAAAAGCCAUGAUAAAAGUAAGCAAAGGCAACUCCACUGCUGGUUCAAACUCAAAGAAGAAAGAUCAAUCAACUUUGAUCACAGCAGGCUCGGUGCUUUUGGGUAGCUCCGUCUUUCUAAAUGUUCUCUCACUGCUUGGGAUCUAUGUGUUAUUUUUUGGAUUGAACGAACAAAAACAAAAAAUGAUUCAGCAACCUAAUGCCAUGCAAGACAUCAUGAAUCCGAACUUUGAGCUUGAUGUAAUGGAAGAAGAUCAGAUAGUUCUUGCAGACUGGGCAUAUGAUUGUUUUAAAGAACGAAAGUUAGACCUUUUAGUGGAACAAGAUGAAGCGGCAUCGGAAGAUAUGGAUAGAGUGGAUAGGUUUGUGAUGGUAGCAAUUUGGUGCAUUCAAGAGGAUCCAUCUUUAAGACCUGGAACAAAGGAAGUUGUACAGACGUUAGAAGGAGUCGUUCAAGUCCCUAUUCCUCCUGAUCCUGCGUCAAUUAUCAGCUCAAUCUAA